UGAGUCGUGUCAACAUGCUGAGUCUACAUACUCCCACAUAGUUGACAGCUCCAUAACAUUGCGCUCGCCGGAGAGGCUCUCACCUGGCUUCCCUUUGACUGUCCCGCUUGGAGUUCUUGUUUUUCGGGUGAGAGCUGGAGCAGAGAUGGCUUCUCGGGAUACUUUCAACGACUUGGGGUGCAGUUCGUCUGAGGAGGACAGUAACCGUGCGGACUUGACAGAAGGGACCGCGGAAGAGAAGACAUCUCCGGUGGUGCGUCGGCAUCAUCCGUUCAGCGUGGAGGCGCUCAUGUCCAGGAGGAAGACGGACGGCCGCGGCGGAGAGUCCACAGGCUGUAAACCGGAGGGGGGUUCGGUGGCGGUGUCCCCUGCAGGUUUAAACUCUCUGUAUCUGUGUCGAGAGACGUGCAGUCUUCCCGGGGGAAGUCGAAAGAGCUUAACGGCUGCGCCCUCGUCGCCGGUAAAAUCCGAGGCAUCAGAGCCAGAGGACUGCGCACCCUGGGUCACCAGCUGCGCGUUUUCUACACAGCCUCGUCAUGUCAGUCCUUCCUGUCCGUUGAGGAAACACAAGACCAACCGAAAGCCCCGCACUCCCUUCACCACGUCUCAGCUCCUGGCCCUGGAGAGGAAGUUCAGGCAGAAGCAGUACCUGUCCAUCGCCGAGCGGGCCGAAUUCUCCUCCUCCUUGAGCCUGACAGAGACCCAGGUGAAGAUCUGGUUUCAAAAUCGGCGGGCAAAAGCCAAGAGGCUCCAGGAGGCUGAGCUGGAGAAACUCAAGAUGGCCGCUGACGCCAAGACGGCAGCGGUGGCGGCCGCUACCGCUGGAGGUUUACACCCUGGCUUUACUUUGCCGCUGUCGCUUGGCACCGUGUCACUGUACGGACAGUCAUACUCUGCCUAUCACCACCACCACCACCCCAGACCCAUACUGCCCAUUUCACCUUUAGGACUGUACGCUGCUCCUCUGGGCUACAGCAUGUACCACUUAUCAUAAAAAUGGAAAUAUCGCUGGUGAAAUAUCGUUGGUGAAAUGCGUUGUGAUGCGUUUCCAAGGAUUCCCAAAAAUGGACAUAGAGGACGUGUGGCUGACAUUUUAAAAAUCAAUGUUUAUAAUAUACCUACUGCACAAGGAGUGUUUGAAUCAACUAUCCAAGCACUUCAAAUUAAUAAUCUAUUUUUUUUUCACAGCAAGGAUGAAAAAAACUACUUAGAUGUCCUCUCGCCCCUUUGGACCGCCUGUUUACAUGACUUGUCUGUACGAGGAGGGGCGUUACUGUCCAGCUGUUUAUACUCUUCACUUGUUUACUUUUGCAAAUAAUUGAGCUGGGCGAGGACUUGCACUGGGCACAAUAAUACAAACUUAAGCCUUUUUCUUCAUGCGAUACAGUGCCUUGUGUUGGGCCUUAAUAUGAAGACACUUUGUACACUUGUGUGGAUGAUGAGUAUUUCAGCAUCUCAGGCCAAAUAAAACAUAUCAGUGAAGCAUUCUUUUAAUUUCCAUUCUACAAAACUGUUCUCCUUUUCAAUUUUGAAACAGACACAUUCAGGUUUGUGUGCUCUCCAUGGCAGUAAGGUUUAACCCUCAAAUUAUUCAUCACAAUGAAAAAUUUACACAAUUGUAAUUUUAACUUUUUUUUCAUCUUUUAUCUCUCGUAGCAAUAAAAAUCAUUUUCAUCACUCCCUCAUUUCCUCACCACACAUUUAAAGAGUGUAAACAUAUUUAUUCUCUUUGAAAUAUAAUUAUGCUGGAAAUGUACGAAUGUCACAUGUUGUGUAUUUAUGAUAGGUUGUGAGAAUAUGGUACUAAAGUUCUGACCAGAAGUGUAUUUAUAUUGUUCUUCUUGAACGUCCCUUUGAAAGGGCCUACAUUGUGCUAUGCAGUUUAUAAAUAUAUUUUUUCCACCAAUGUUGUAUCAUUUCUAAUGAACAAAACAAUUAAAGCCUUUCAGACGGUUAUGUGUCAAAAAUAAAGUAGCAAUAUGUAAACAUGUGCAGCUACGUUCACUUAAGAUCUUUCAAAAAAGUAAUAUUUUAAGUAAUUUACCAGUGAAACCAGCUGUUAUGCUUUUUCUUUUUUCUUUUUUUUACAGCUGCUCUUUGUGCGUGUGUGUGCGCCAACGCGCGUGUUUGUGUGGUUUAAUCCCGUGUCUGUGUUUCCCAUCAGACAGUGGUCAGUUCAAGGCAAUGUUUGACAAACCACAAAUGAUGCCCAUAAAUUAUCCAACUUCACAGAUAGUUCCCGUUAUUACUGUGCUGUCAGUUACCACACUGGUCAAACUUUCUUUUCUUUUUUUUGAAGCAGAAAUACACUUUUAUAAUGAUGUUUUGUUUGUGCAGACAUACAGUGUGUUGUCUCUCUGGCAAUCAUUAGCUCUGUAUUUAUGACCAUUACUGAGUUAUUCAGGUUUCACAACAGUAUAGCGUGAGAACUCUUAACAGUAUUUAUCUCAAUAAGGGAUAAACAACCUUAAACUAUUGUCUAUAAUUUUUACCUUUUGUCAAAUCUUUGUUACUAAAUCUCACCAGCAACUAGAAGCAACACUUGCUGAACAAGACUUGUUGUGGCAGAGGUGUUGAUUGGCAAAAUGUUCAUAUAUUUAAUGCUUACACAGUAAAAGCUUAGCUUGUUAGGAGAAGUUUACUCAUUUGUUACUGUUCUUAUCCUCAUCAGCAGCAUGUUCUUCCUGCCUCAUUAAACUUAAUAUUAAUGCCGCUGUUGACUAAGGUUUGAAUUAGCCAUAUUCUACCAGACCUCAGCUUAGAGCCAGUUUUUACAGAGCUGCAGGGUGAGUUUGGUGGCGUGUGGUGCCUGUGCUUUGUUGCAAUUAUAAGAGCAGCUCACAACUUCCGUGUGACUUUGAUGUAACAAGGAAAUCUUUUAUAGGCAGCAGCGUAUAUAUGAGGUUCCCCUUUAAUCAGAACAAGGCGGGGAGGCCAGGCAAGCAGGCAGGCAGGCAGAGGGAACUGGCAGGCAAAGUGAGUAGCAUACACAGGCAAGCAAUCAGCCUAAUGAAGUGCAGAUUGGCAGGAGUGGCUCGAAGUCUGUUGUGAAACAUCAGGUUUGUGCUACUUACUGGAGGGGUGUUAUAUUUCAGUGGUGGAGAAUGCAAUAAAUUAUUUUCGUUUGGGGGGGGUUGUCACUGGCGAUCUGUUUUUGUCAUUGUCAGCUGCUGUUCAUCUAACAGUGAGCCCCUCUCUGUCUGCAAGUUAUGUACUUGUCUCCUACCUCCUCUAGUGGCUGUUUGUAAUAUAGCAUUAUGGGAAAAACCUUCCUUCUUGCUCUUUCCCCUCACUGUUCUGUGAAGCAACAUGUGAGUAAAAUUGGUUUGAGUGUUCAGGCUGAUAACACACUGGGAAACUAAACACAAACUGAUUGGUUAAUGUGAGGCUCUUUUUCAACUGUAAAAGAGGAGCUGUUCAUUGCAGAAAAAAAUAUUUUUGUAAUAUGCUCAAUUUAAGCUCAAAUGCAGGCACUAAUAGCCAAAAUGAACACAAAAAGGCUUAUAGAUAGGUCACAUGUAGACAUUUGUAAUAUAUUUGUAUAUAGUUCUUCAUAGGGGUCUAUGUAUUGUGUAUUUCUACCUGGUUGGUGGUUGCAUUCACUUGUGAUGUCUACUCACCUACUGUCUGGCCAUGCAAUUGCAUUCAUUAGUAGGCUACCUCCAGAUGUUUAUGUGCUUAAUAUGUAUAUAUCAUUAGUGAUCAAUAGUGUAGCAUCCCACUAUUAGCAUAACAAUUAAACUGUACAUCCACCGAAUCCAAGAAAAAGUCAUCAUUGCUUCAGUGGAGCUGGACAAGGAUUCCUGAGAUGGGGCUGCAACUCCUUUCUGAAUCAGAGAUUUGAGAGAAGAUGCUCCAAAAAUGUGUUGAUCAUUGUGAUCACACCUAUGAUCUUAGUUACAGGACUCUGUCAUUCCAUUAGGCCACCAGAGUUUGUUACAAAAAUCUGCUGUAGGAGGCAUUCUUCAGGAUGAAUAAUAAUUCUAGUCAGGCUCUCCUCAUCUUUAUCAAAUAAACUACUGACCUAAUGAGGUCAUUUACCCUCAUAAAAUUCUCCUCAGCUACAAAAAUACUGAGUUCAGCUCACUACCAACAGUAUUAAAAAUAUAUUAUAGUAUAUAAAUAUUAGGGCCAGCAUCUCACUGUUGGCCAAACAGCCCUGAAUGUUUGAGAAAUGCAAAUGUGUAUUUCACAGUUUAUUCUCACUGCUUUAAUGUCAUUUCUUCUCUAUUUCAGAAUGCAGAAGAGCAAAUAGCAUUCUCUGCUGCUGAUGAUUUGUUCUCUUUUAAAUUAGUUUACAGAUACUAAUGAAGCCUUGGGCAGAGCCUCCUAGAAACAAAGAGAACCCCCCUGUGAGUUUCCAUGUACAGACUAGGACAUGAUGCACAAGAAUUUUGUUGUUGGGGUGUGUGUGUGUGGUCUUUGGAGAUAUCCCUUGAGAGCCACAGUAGCAGAUGUAGGGAAAUUGCCUGGAGCAGGCCAAUGGAAGAGGACAGCCAAAGCAUCCAAAGAUUAUGCUGGACACACACACACACAAACACACUCAAAUGAUGCCUUGUUUCUGUUUUACUGAUUUCUGGGAAACGUGUUUGGAAACAAAAUAAACAAGAUGGCACUUUUA